AGAUCCCUGCGCACACGUGAGCAAGCCUCUAUCUGCGAGUCCCUCUCUGCUCCCACUACUACACAUCUCUCCAGUGAAUAUUUUGUACGGGAAACUUCACCUAAAAACAUGGCAAACUCCGGUAUCCAGCUGCUCGGUUUCUUCAUGUCGCUGGUCGGCAUCGUGGGGCUGAUCGUCGGGACUAUUUUACCGCAGUGGAAGAUGUCGGCUUACAUCGGGGACAACAUCAUCACGGCCGUGGCCAUGUACCAAGGGCUGUGGAUGUCGUGCGCCUUCCAGAGCACGGGCCAGCUACAGUGCAAAAUCUAUGACUCCAUUCUGCAACUUGACAGUUCUCUCCAGGCCACCCGAGCCCUCAUGAUCGUGGGCAUCAUUGUGUCUGUCGCGGGGCUGGGAGUGUCCUGUAUGGGCAUGAAGUGCACCACGUGUGGAGGCGGCGACAAGAUCCGCAAGUCCAGAGUAGCCAUGACCGGGGGCAUCAUCCUGCUGGUGGGAGGCAUGUGCUGUAUAGUGGCUUGCUCCUGGUUUGCCCACAACGUGAUCCGAGCCUUCUAUAACCCCUACACUCCCGUCAACACCAAGUUCGAGUUCGGAGUGGCCAUCUUCAUAGCGUGGGGUGGCUCUCUUCUGGAUGUUCUGGGUGGGACCAUGCUGGCGUCUUCCUGUCCCCGAAAGAAGCAGGUGUCUAAGUACCCCGCCCCCGUCACUGCAAGGUCCGGACCCCCGAGCAGCGCUAAGGAGUACGUCUGAGAGCGCCCCCAGCCUCUGGACUGUAUCAACAUGCAUACAGACUCCUAUGGGACUGUUUGUUAUAGGAUUUUAUAUCAGAAUUGCAAAGGGAGGGCAGAGGCCAAUAGUAUUCUAUGGAACUUUUUGGAGCGAAAUCUGAAACUCCAUAA